AUGGCCAAGGACCUGAUUCCACUGGAGAUGUCGCUUCGUGAAGGACAGGCCAAUGAUGCCCUUCACAAUCUCCGAAUUCAUUUGUGCAACAAGGCCAUCUUGUUCCGAACUACUGUUAGGCAGGCAAAAUCACAAGCCUUGAAAACUCGAGCUUGGUCCCAGGUGACGUCGGUGCAGCAGGCAGUGUCCCUCCAUGCCAGUAUAUAUACAAAGACCAGGAAGCAAAUUAUCAAACUCGAGCCGGGGCAAGACCAGCUUCAGAAAUACAAACCCCUGCUUCACGAGCAACUCAAAAUCAGCACUGCGGUGGGCAAUCCAAAUGCCCGAGGUCAACGGAAUGAAUCCCUCGCUUGGUUUUGGUCUGUCGAAGUCGAUCUCGGUGGUCCAGAUCAAUCGUGGAAUGAGGAAUCCCAAUGGGGGGACCGGAUGCAGGAAUCAUUGGAGAAACGCCUUCCGGGUCAUGCAUGCUACUCCGGAAGGCAAUCUCAAAUGUAUUCAUUGCUGGGACAGGAUGCGCAGGCAGCAUUUCAAGACCUCCAGAACGUGUUAACAGAGGCUGGGGAUGAAUGA